AUGUUCCAUUCUGUAGGUGGCAAAGCCCCCCGUAAGCAGCCAGCCAAGUGUGGGCCGCCCACGUCUGAGCCCAACAAUGAGGAUCAAGAGCCGGCCAGCGAUGAGGAAGACGAGCCCGGCCCUCCUGCACAGCCCAGUGCUCAACCAUCUACGUCUGUCGCCAACAGGAGGCGUAGGUUUAGGCCUGGCACUGUUGCACUGAGAGAGAUCAAAAAAUUGCAGAAGACCACUGAUCUGCUUAUUCCAAGGACUCGAUUUGCAGGACUUGUGAGGGAGAUUAUGGAAGAGGUAUAUCCGCAACACUCUCUACGUAUCCAGAGAGAGGCGUUAGAAGCUCUUCAAGAGGCUGCUGAGUAUUUCUUGGUUGGAUUUCUUGAGGACUGUAACCUAAACGCUAUCCAUGCUAAGAGAGUUACCAUUCAGAAGGAUGGGGAUCUUGUCAAGCACUAUCUCAACAGGCUUGGCACGGGUAGUAUCAAGUAUAACUGA